GGGUCUGUAAAAGGCAGAUAUUUUAAUAACUGUUCACGGACCGCCCAGCCAGAAAACACACGCGGUUUCCCCUCAGCCAGACUAACUUGGCAUUCUGAAUACAGGCUCAGAGGGGAGGGGCCGGGCCUCUCCAUGCAGGAACUGGAGUCAGAGGCUUCCCUUGCUGCCUGCAGGGAAAGACUAUUAAGAAUGCCUCUCAGUGCCUGGUUUCCUGAGGUAUCUGAGGGUAGACAGCCGGCCUCGAGCAAUCUGAGCGCAUCUCACCGGCAUCUCUGCAGGAAUCAGGAUGCAGGCCAAAUACAGCAGCACAAGGGACAUGCUCGAUGAUGAUGACACCACCAUAAGCCUGUAUUCUGGAACCUCCACUGUCACCAGACGUGCAGAGCCCAGGCACUCAGAGAAUGGAACACCCUCUUCAGUUUGGCGACCAGUGGCCCUGACCCUGCUGACCUUGUGUUUGGUGCUGCUCGUUGGCUUGGCAGCCCUGGGCCUUGUAUUUUUUCAGUUCUACCAGCUCUCUAAUAUCCAGCAAGACAGCAUCACUGAAAAGGAUGAAAAGCUGGGGAACGUGUCCCGACAGCUACAGUCUCUCCAGACCCAGAACAGAAAACUCAUUGAAACUCUGCAGCAGGUAGCUGUAAAACUGUGCCGUGAACUUUACAACAAAAGUGGAGGACAUAGAUGCAGUCCUUGCCCAGAAAAAUGGAAGUGGCAUGGAGACAAGUGUUACCAGUUCUAUAAAGAAAGUAAAAACUGGCAGAGCUGUGAAUACUUCUGCCUGGCUGACAAUGCCACCAUGCUGAAGAUAAGCACGCAGGAAGAGCUGGGCUCUCCCGCAAUGGCAGUGGCAAAGCCUGGCUGUGGACAGAUGGAACACCUUACUCCUUUGAACUGUUUGAGAUUAUAAUAGAUCCCACAAACCUAAGAAACAGGGAUUGUAUGACCAUCUUCAAUGGAAAGGCUUACUCUAAGGACUGCAAAGAGCUGAGGAGGUGUGCCUGUGAGAAGGUGGCAGGGAGAGUGGUACCUGAAGAGCUCCAGUAAGUGACAUGAAUCAUUGGAUGGAGGGGUCAACAGGUCAGCUUCAACCACCAGCAAAAGGACUGUCAAGCAAGGCCAAUGUGAAGGACACUCAAAGCUUUGGGAAACAGAGGGGCAGCGGCUGGUGCUGGUUUGUGAGAGGUUCUCCUGAUUCUAGCUCAGCAACAUCCAGGCCUCUGCUUUAGUUCUUGCACACAUUUUCCAGACACAAAGGGUCUUACUCAUGAACCAUCCACUAGCCCCAGGAAGCCAUAGAGUUGUCCUCUUUGAUUUACAGAAGACUUUCAGCUUUCUCCCUUCUCGGGGUCUGUCUCAUGUCUCCCUUACUCUUAGAAAAGUGAGAAACAUAAGAAAAUAGAAGAGUUGAUACAAAGUCACAAGCUGGAUGAGCUGGUGUCCAUAUAACUAUUGGUCCUUCAGAGUCACAGUACUUGGAAGGAGAAGGAAGACUUGAGAAGUUCAAGACCAGCCUCAGGUACAUACUUGGAGGCCAUCCUAGGCUAUUAUGAGUACACCUUUCAAGUGACAGAAAGAAGGAACAAAAGAACAAGAGAAAAAGGAAAGGAAGAAUGAAAGAAGAAAUGUGAAAAUCAAAUCAAGGUGAAAAGAGAGAAAAGAAGAAAAAACGUGGUGUCCUUUAUCCUAACAGGCAGUCCAAGGGAAACAAGCAGAAGUCCCCACCCCUGUGCUGCUCUACACACAGCCAAUUCUGUUUGCAUCCAGUUCACACUUGGCCUUUCCUAGGCUCACAAAAGUGACUUCACCUACAGUGCCUGUGGUCAGCUUUCCAGCUGAUACAGUUCUCAUUAUGUCAACCACCACUCCAUCAAUUGUGUCUUUGCUCUAAUUAUGUCUCCUAGGAAAGAGACCGUCUCAAUUCUAAGUUAGAAUUAAUGUCCCUGUACUCAAGAGACUGGAGCCUAGAAAAAACAAUAAGACAAACAAAAAAACAACAAAAAAACCCAGAACAAUCUCUGUAUAUGCACAGAUAAUGGGUUGAUUUCUUCUUCUACCAUUUUUGAACAAUGUUUAUACCUUUCAGGUACUGAAUGUUUAAUAAUAAUAAGUGUAAAUAAUGUGAAAUGGGUGACAUUCUAGAAAGGAUUUGUGAUUUGGUGUAGGAGAACAGCAAAGGAAUCCUUUUCACAAAAUGGAAACCAUCACUCCUUAACUCCUUGUGCAUUAACAGUUGGUGAGACCACUAUAAAGAUAUUGUUUAUGAGAUUACUUGAGUAUAAGAAAGACUUCAAGAGGAUGGCUUUAUAAUAUUCCUAAGGUGAAAUGUCUGAGGCAAAAUCAUGACAUUGACGUUGGCAUGUUGACUAACUGAGGUGUGGGAGAGGCAUGAUUUCUAAACAGUCGUGGGAAGAAAUGGAGAAGCUGUGACAUCCGCACAGCCAGACUCCUGACUAGACAUGAGCUUCUCUUGGUGGUGACAUUCAAAGCCACAACAGGGUCUUUGUGAAUAGUACCAUGCCAAGUGGUUUCAUUGGUUAGAGAUAAACCAACAUUAGGGGGUUGGUAGUACCAGCAAUAGAUUUCACACUCUAAAUUUUCAGUAGUAAAAAUUGGAAAGCAUAUAUAUAUUAUGGUGAACUUACAAUUAAAUUAACAUUUUGAUAUGAAAAACAAUUCUGUAUUUAUUUUCAUAAGACUUAAUUUUAUGACUACCAUUUAUCUAAACAUUACUGUGAGACUAGAGUUUUCUUUGAGAUUUCCUUCAUGUUAGCUAGGGGAGUUCUUCAAUAUUGAAUUCUAUGCAGGUUUACUGGGAUAGAAGUGUAUUUGUGUUUUUAAAACUUGAGGGAUUUACGUCUUUCUUGUUUUGGUUUGUUUAUUGAGCCAAUCACCUCACAUCAUGUAGCUUAUUAAAAAGUGGGAAUAUUUAUAAUUUCCCUAUGAUGUUAGUUUAAAAAGUGUGAAGUUAGUCUCAUAAUGUAGGUUGUAAUAUAAAAUGUGUUGAAAAUUAAUAAAAUAUUCUAAAGGGUUUAGUGAUCAUUUUAAUGUAGCAAAACAUAAGAGCAGCAUCUGUAUUCAUUAAAGAGGAAAAGUAUUCGCAAAUAUUUUCCAUAACUAACAAAAUUAUAACAGUUUCUUCUGUUUGGUUAGAUUGUCUAAUACAAUAUUUCAAAAUAUGGAAUAAAGAUCAAGUCCGUCAUUAAGCACUUGUUAUAUAAAUCUAGUGCAGAAGGAAAUAGUAGACAGCAAGAGAAAGCCAGUAACUUUUUGUACUUAUAAACAAGGGCCAUGGCUCUCAUUUACACUUUGACUCCUGGCAUUCUGGGCUCCAGGAGGGUGACAUGUGUCUCUCUAGCUACCACUGAUGGGGAGAGUCUAGCUAUCUAGAGGGUAAAGAGCAAUCUCAUUUGCAAUCUGAGACCUCAGCAAAGUGCCAUUUCAGGUAGUAAAAGAGAAAAACAGUAUUUGUUUGAUAAAUUUUCUUGAGGUUAUUCUUCAUCAUUAUCUGUAAUCCCCUUUUCUGUAUACAAACCUCAUAAUAUUGAUCACAACAUAGGAAAACAUUUCAA